UCUGUCUGUCCGUCUAUGUGUCCUCAUCAGACAUCCCUCUCUCUCUCUCUCUCUAUCACCCCCUUUGUGUCAUCCCAGUCUCUGCUUGGCUCGCCCUGCCAUUGCCAUUUCCCAAGCCCUAACAUACAAUUUCAUAGUAAUCUCUGGCCAGUCCUCUGUCUGUGCGUUUGCAGUGCGUUUCGUAUAUUUAUUUCGAGCUUAGCUGUAGCGUCAGAUGUGUCCGGUGCAUGCUCGAGAUUUGCCAUCAGCCUUGUAUUAAAAGUAAUCACUUGCCUCCAGAUCAAAUACUGUGUACUUGGCGUUGCUAAUUCAGGUUCAGUUGAGCUGGGUAUUGAAGUUUUCUCUUUAACUUCUGGAGCAUUUGAAGGAUUCAUGGCAGGAAAUGACCUGCCAUCUUUGGGCCGUGUGAAGCUUGCAGAUCUCAUACCUUCUGAAGGUCUUGCUUCUGAUUCGUACAAACUGUCAGUCUCAACUCUGUCUCAGUCACUCGCUCAAUAUUCUGCAGCAAUUAUUCAAUUCUCAUCUAGUGACGGGGCCCUUUUGAGAUCUGGUUUAGAUUCUGCCCGGCUCUACUUUCACCAGAGAGCAUCAUAUCCCUCGAAUGAUAUGAUUCAUACCAACGAUUCCCGAGAAUGGUGCAAGACAUCUGGCUACUAUGCGGAUCCUCAAUUGUGGCAGGAAACUUAUGACUAUAGACCCGGACUGACACCUACAGAGCCCAACACCUUGGAAUUCCCUCCUGGGGGUUUGCCUGACAUAUUUGCUCUGCUUGGGAAGGCAGCAAGAAAUAUCUUAGAUGCCAUCAGUUUUUAUCUUAACUUGCGUAGCUCUCCAUUCUCCGAGAUUCUAGAUAAUGUUCCUCUGCGGAAUCGAGAGAUAUCCUCUUCAGUGCUAUCUGUUUGCUGUCAUGCGAGGCCAUCAUUUCAGGGAGGUCAGCACCAUAGUUUACCUCAGGAUGAAGGCCAGUUGGUUAUGUUCUCCGAUAAUGAUCAUCUAAUGGAUAAAAGUUUGAUUACUCUCAUGAAGUCAGACAAAGCAGGUUUACAUGUAAGAGACUUUCAUGGUCGGUGGUUUCUUGUGGAUGAGGAUCUUGGUCCUCAAGAAGCAGUAGUGUUUCCUGGGCUUGCUCUUUACCAGGCGACAGCUGGCUAUGUUAACCCAGCUCUUCUCAAAACAGAAAUUAGUCACAUGCAAGCUAAUAUGUAUGGGCGGUGUUCCGUGGCUUUCAAACUCAUGCCUAAGUCCAUGACCAGUCUUAGCUGCUCAGAGAUGAGGGCGGCUGGUCAUGGUGUUGAAGCUCAGUUCCAACUUCCAGUACCUGUUGAUGACUUCAUGCAGAGGUCUCACCCAACUGAUCAGCUCUUCAACCGCCAUAGCCUCCAGGCUUUCACUUUCCCAACUGCCCAAGAUGGAUCUGUAAAGCCUGCACGGAGGAGGAAAAACAGCUCUAAGUGCAAACCGCUUCCGCCCUCCAAAAGGUUGCGGCUCGAAGCCCAGAGAGUCUUGAAGGAGAGAGUUCAGGAUAUUGCAGAUAAGAGGGGCAUCAAACUGAGGUUCUGUAACUUGAAGGACUGUGAGAGUCAUGUUCACUCAUUGGAUAGCCCCUGCGCCACGACGCGCAUUGAAAUCGGGUGGCCGCCAGGAGUUCCAUUUGUUCAUCCUCAUGAUCUGCCCAAUAAAGCAAAGGUCGAAUUUCUUAAAGCAUAUGAACCUGGGUGGACUGAAACGAAUGACACCGAGUUAAGUCUCACUGAGCCUGGUCAGACCAAUCAACACACGGCAAACUGUGACACUUCAAUUACUUGACUGCCUGGCGACGUCAAACAAACUUCUCUUUGAGGCGGUCUGGAUAAGCUGACCACUCCUUGGGAUUCUUAAAUGGCCUGACAAAUUCACUGCUACAGUUUUAUGAUUUGCUGUGCAAGCACAAAGACCUGCCGAAGUUCAUUGAACUACCAAGAAAUCCCCUUGUCAUGUCCAACCCUCUGUAUGUUUCUUCUGUCACGAAGAUUUAUCAUGAAAUGAAACUGGAAAGCCAUCUGAAAUCAUCUGGUGUUUGGUCAAAAGCGUUGAAGAAGUCCUUGUCCUUUGGACUCCUUGGUGAACGAUGGAAGGCAAUUUUUUUGGAUGCCUCUUGUGGUCACCUCGAUGCUAAAGAGUCAUACAGUUCUGUUAAAAUUAUUAUCGAGUGUAUUUGAGGAGUAUGCAGUUUCACGAAUGUGUAAAUAAAGUAAAAGAAUAAAUUUUCUCUU